UGCCGAUGGAAACUGCCAUGGUGCGUCAUCAUAACCUAUACCCUCCCAAUGUUUGUUUCAUUCGUGUUAACCUGUUGCUGAUGAACUGAAAUAAAUAUCACUACACUAAAACAUACACUUAAAGCGCAACAAAGUCCUUUCCAUGUAGCAAUACCGGUCAAAAUAUGGUUCGGUGAAAAAAAAAAGUUCAAUAUGAGGGCACGUGACAAGCCUACUUCAAGCAGCAGACAAAAUUGGCUGCACGAGCUAACCCUUUCACGCGCUAGCGGGACAUUAUUUCUCGGCCCUGGUUUGGUUUGAGAAGAAACUAAAGUAAGGACUUGGACAAUGAAAUAUGUAACAACAGUAUCACAAACUCUGACAAAAGAAACUUCUCCUCAAGUACAGUGAUGUGUGAGUGUUGGUGGUAUCCGGUGUGGCUGGACGGGUGUUAGCCAGUUUCAUCCCAAACCUCCACCCAACAUAGCUGCUGCCCAGAGAUUAACUCUACCACAUAGAAGGAAAGACCACAUAAGUGGAUGGAGAGAAGGCCAGCAAGACUGGGACAUGAAGCAGGCUGUAAUGCUGCAUCCUUUCUGUCAUUGUGGGCUGUAAUGGGCAGGAAGCUGCAGGAGUUGGCCCAGUGACAACCUACACAAGAGCUCUGACCCUCCCAUACACACACACACACCCCUCUGUCAGGCUGGGCCAGGAAGAAAAGCACUUCACAGAGAACAAGAGGGAGGAAGACAGAGAAAGAGUUGUCAUGGUGUGAAAGGAAGAGGCUGACCAUACUUCCUGCAGCAGCCCAACAAAGGAAAUGAGGUCACAGCCUCAGCCUGGUUACAGAUGGAAGUGUCUAGAUCUGCCAAAGCUUCUCUCCAGCACAGAGCCAAUCACUGAACAAAGACAGAGACAGAAGACAAAGAACUAGAUUUGUAUGUUUUCAAGAAACCCCCCAGGGUCGGCCUCUCCACUCAAGAGUGCACGCAGGCACUUUAACCUACUAUCUACACCACAUACGUGCACAGUCUCAGUGAGGUGAAGAGAACAGACGUGAGAGAGCGACACUUCACGGGCAGCCACAUCCUGAGGAAGAGAAGGCAACAUGCUCAGCGCAGGCCAUGAGAAUGUCAGCCACUGGAAAGAGCUGGGCUCACACACACACACACACACACACAAACCAGACACAUCAUGAGAGCAAAGGAAAGAGGUGAGGUGCAGAAGAAAGGGAGUGAUAAAAUGAAAAGGUAGCAAACAGAGAGGCAUGCUUCAAAGACCAGAGCGGAAGGGUGCAGAUCGCUGCAGGGCAGACACAUUAUAGCCACCGUGACCAACCUCUCUCUCUCUCUCUGUCUGUGUGUGUGUGUGUGUGUGUGUGUGUUGUGAACGAGUUUUCUGUGAGGAAACCUCUGCAGCUGAUCUCCUGACCGACUUCUCCAGCCCAGGCCUUGCGAUGCAGUUAAUGGAAACCAGACCCUUCUCGUCCAUCUUCCACCACCGACACUUUGUAACACUCUCUGGAGGUGUGUGUGUGUAUGCACACACGUUCACACCCAUAUGUUUCAGCAGGGGAGCUGUGGUCAGGAGGGUCGACCUAUUUUCUGACUUUCUGCAGAGUCUGCAGGCUGCCGGCUUCUUUAGAGGAAGGGUAGACGGGGCCCUCGGCCAUAUGGGUAGCCCCAGCGUGACAAUGAGCUAUGAAGUAUGGAGCAGAGUUCCGCAGGUUUUCAGUGGAUCGACUAAAACCCGGCAAAUUUGAGGAAUUCUACAAACUCAUCAUGACAAUCCACCGGAUUGCAAACAUGGAGGUGAUGAUUGGAUACGCUGAUGUUCACGGAGACCUCCUCCCCAUCAAUAACGAUGAGAACUUCGGCAAGGCCGUGUCCACCGCACAUCCCCUGCUGCGAAUCUUUAUCCAGAGACAAGAAGAGGUUGACUACAGCAACUUUGGCACCAGCACUCUGACCAGGAAAAAGAAAGCUGUGGUCACUCUUCGAAAUGACCUAAACCGCAAACGGCCCCACAUCCGCAUUGGUAUGCCUCAGGACUUCCGUCCUGUGUCGUCCAUUAUUGAUGUGGACAUCCUUCCUGAAUCUCACCGAAGAGUUCGACUCUACCGGCAUGGCUCGGACAAGCCCCUUGGAUUCUACAUCCGUGAUGGCACCAGUGUCCGUGUUACACCCCACGGCUUGGAAAAGGUCCCGGGUAUCUUCAUUUCCCGCCUGGUACCUGGAGGCCUGGCCGAGAGCACGGGCCUGCUGGCCGUCAAUGAUGAGGUCCUGGAGGUCAAUGGCAUCGAGGUAACAGGAAAGACAUUGGACCAGGUGACUGACAUGAUGAUUGCAAACAGCCACAACCUUAUUGUGACCGUGAAGCCGGUGAACCAGCGCAACAACGUGGUGCGCAGCAGUCGUAUCUCAGGCAGCUCGGGUCAGUCAUCCGACAGCAGCGGUUCGGUGGGAUACCCCGCCAUCACCGCUCCCACCGGUGCCACCGCCAUCUCUCAUGGCUACAGCCCAGAGGAUUUGGAGAGUGAUGAAGAGUCGGACAUCGUAAUUGAGAGCAACAUCAAACGGCCAUCAAGACGCUCCAAUGCCUCAGUGGCUUCAACUGCGUCCCGGUCCCAGAUGCAAACAACCACCGUGACCCCACCCAGCCCCCCUACACGGCCCCAAACGAGACCUGCAUCGACGGUGUCCACGGCCUCUUUCCACUCUCAACCGAGCUUUAACGGCACAGUGCACAGUAGUUUGAGUUACAAGUUGCAUAAGGACCUUACCCUCCAACACCCCUCCUACCACAGCAGCAACCCCGUCAUGCGGGAAAGCAAUGGCAGCCUACACAAAAUCCUCAGUAGCCUGAGGACAGACCCCCGUCACAGCUUGGCUUUACCCAGAGGAGGGGUGGAGGAGGAUGGCACAGUCAUCACUUUAUAAUACAUAGAGUCACGUAUAUAAAAUCCAGCCCACCCAGAGACUCGGCUUUUCAGCCUGGGACAUCAGACUCAACUUUGAACCUCACCAAACUUUUAAGGGUUUUGUAAAAUGAAUAAUUUAACAGAAACAAUAUCUGGAAUUUUACUCUUUUUAAUGUUUUCUUUCCAUGUGUUGAAAUGUUGUAUGUAAAAAUGUGUCCGAUUUAGUGGUAUGUCUCUUUUUCCAAGCAGAGCCACUUUUUUUUAUCUUGUCUAUCAGUGUUUCUCAGUUCUUGUUUUGAGGUUAAUUUUAAUCAUGUUAUCUAAAUGUCUCUCGGGACCAGAAAUUAGGUUUAGACCUGUGUGUGCGUACUGUUGACUUCUGUUUACGGUUUGUACCUGAAACCAAACAUUUGCUCCUGGUAUUACAUUAUGCAAAUGCCAAAAUGAAUUUACACUCAAUCAGCAACACAAUUUUUUUUUUUUGUUUGUUUGUUUGCCCUGUCUGAAUCAUGUUCUUCCAAGUUAAUAACUGAAUAGUAUUAAUAAUCAUUAUUAACUUUCAGUAAUAAAUGACUGCUGUAUGUGUUUAGUACCUUUUUAUAUGCAGUAAAUUACUAUUUGGCGGAUUCCCUCAGAAUGUUUGUUUCUGAAUAUUUAAAUAUCACUUGUGUCAGCAUUACAAAAAGGCUUUUUGGAAAUUGUGGUCUUGUGGGAUUUAAUUGGCUUUGUUACUGGUUUAUUUGACUGCAGUGGAGUAUAAUUGGUCACCACAAAUGGGUAUUUCACACUUGUAUGUCCUCUUGACUGUGGAAUGCAAGUUAGUUCUCUGUUUUAUUCUGUACACAUAUUUUCUGUCACCUCACUGUUAAUGAACCCUCACCUCUGACCUCCACUCAAAUCCCCACAGAUGAACAGACUGCUGUCUCAUACUAGUCAGAUCUUUAAUGGCUUUAAUGUUAAUGCUGCCACACGGUCCAGUCAAACUUCAGGUAUAAAAUUGAGUCUUAUAUCAUACUUUUUUUUUCUUACAUUGGGAACACACCUGUUCAUACUUAAUUUUGUUUUAUAUAGAGUCUGUGGAAUACAUUUGUAUAUAAUUGAAAACCACUGUGGAUGUACCUUCCUUUUGCUUUUAGGUUGACUGCAUUGUAUUCGUCGUCUUGAACAAAGACUUACCUUCAUAUCCACCAUUUUUGUGCCUUACUGCCCCUCCUACAGACAUAGUUCACUCAAACAGACUAAGUAUUUGGAUCUGACCACUGGAAAUAUUUUCAUUUUGGUAAAAGCAAGGGCAUGGUAUGUAACGUGUGAGUCAAAAUACAUUUGUGCUGAGUCGCCAUCUGUUGGUCACUGCCUGAACUGCUUUUCUUUUGCCAAAAAAAAUCACUUUCUUUAUAUUCUGCAUUAAUUAUUUGGUAUUCGUAAUUUCGUAUCGUUGUUGUCUUUGUUAAUCUGUAUGUCUGUGUAUCAUCAACACUGAAUAAUUUAACAGAAAUUCAAAACAGGACAAGCUAAAAAGCAGAUUACUAAAAAAAAAAAAAAAGGUACGACAGAUUGUCUUCGGUCAGUCGUGUUAGGACAGUUUCAGUGUAAAAGUUCGGUGUCUAAAUAUAUCAGUCAGGCAGUUAAACCACACUUAAGAUGGUAGUUACAAUACAAUAUACAUGUAAAUAUUGUCUAUAUGGUUUUUACUGAUGUCAGUCUUUUUUAAAAAACAAAAUAAAAUUCUGAGAUGGACAAAACA